CAUGACCCUCGACCCAGAUGUAAAACCAGUCGUUCGUCCUGCACAUCGCAUACCUGUGGCUAUGAAAGACAGAGUCAAAGCUGAACUCGACAAGAUGCAGGAACUGGGCGUCAUCAUUCCUGUCUCAGAGCCCACUGAUUGGGUGUCCUCUAUGGUAGCCACUAGCAAAAAGGACAAACAAGAAAUCAGGAUAUGCAUUAAUCCACUCGACCAUAAGUCUUCCAUGUUAACCACUUUCAGCUCCCCUUGUGGUCGUUACAGAUUUCUAAGAAUGCCACAGCGGAAUCAAUUCUGCCAGCGAGGUGUUCCAGCGCCCCGUGGAACAGAUUUUCGCUGGAUACCCCUGUGAAAUCAUCGUUGAUGAUAUCAUUAUUGCAGUGACCUACCAGAGGAGCAUAAUGUCUACCCCGGACCGUAGCAUCGAGCAGUGUGUUGGACCUGAUCUUGAGAAUAUCGAGGUGAUGCGGAACCACUCUGUGCUCUUCAGAGCAGAAUGCAAGAGGCUCAUCCAGGAUACUGACAAAGCGUGCAAACGCAUGCAAAAUGAUGACAACAGGCAACUAGAUCAGCGGGUCAGAGACAUCCAGUUUCUGAAGAAGGAGUUGGAGCUGAAGCUGGAGGAGAUUAUCCUGGAGAUCGAUGUCCUCAUAGAGUUGCAGAGGAGAGUGGGGAAAGCCCUGGGGGCCUGCGGAGAGCCUCUGAGGGUCACCGUGGUCUGUCUGGAGGAGAGAAUGAAACGUGUUCCUCCUGAGAGGCUCCAUGACGAGGUGGACAGAGAGCUGCUGAGGGAGAGGGGGGUGAUCGAGGGAGUGGCUUCCCUUCUGCACCGUGUAGCCGAGCAGAUCACUGAGCAGAUACGAUUGAAUCGAUCCAUUAAGUACCAUCUGGAGCAGGAUCUGAAGGAAAAGUUUGCAGCUCAGUGCAUCGACAACUCGUGUGCCUUAAUGACCGCUCACUCCACCAAUAACCAGCAGAGGCCCAAAAACACCCAAACUCUUCUGCAGAGCUUCACUGUGACUCCAGAGCAGUGGGAGAACAUUUCGGACAUCAACAUGGCCAAAGCAGAGCAGCAGCAGGUCAACUCUCUGUCCCUGAGGGCCAUGGUGGAGUCUCUCCUGGAGCAGACGCUGGCCGACAUGCAGAAGCAGUUCCAGGCCACCACAGAAACAUUUCAGCUCAACGUCCAGGAGAUCAAGUCUGCAAAGGGACUGAUGGAGGAUCAGCUGGCUAAGAUUCUGUUUGAGUUUGCCAGCGAGCAGAGGACCAGAGAGGACCUGCAGGUGGCCGUCUCAGACAGCGAGCACGUCCUGAGUUUGGCUCAGGCCCGGCUGGUGCUGCGCCGCCAGAGGCCGGGCAAAGAGCAGUGCCACGACCCGGCCCAGAACCAGCUGCUGGCCGAGGUGCAGCAGCUCAACGCUCACAUCAACAGACUGCGCGAGGCGGCGUCCCGCUCUGAGGAGCAGCAGAGGGCUCUGGUGCGCUGCCAGCUGGAGCUGCAGGAGAACAUCGAGAGGAAGGGCAGCUCGCUGUACAUCGACGAGGUCGUCUGUGCCCAACACAGGGAGCCCAUCAUCAUACAUAACUUCUGAACCACCGGAAAUUAUUGAAAUAAAAGUCACUUAAAAUAAUAUGUAUUUCUACUUCAUAUGAUACUUCAUCAUUAUUACUCAUGGUUAUACUGCUCUAAACCAUCACGAAAAUAGUUUACAUUUGACCUUAUAAAGAAAAACCUUGAAGAUUUGUUUUAACAUUCAAAUAUGGAUAGAAAAUCUUUAUAUUUUACUCAAUGAUGUGCAACGAAACUACUUUCACCUAUUGGUUGAAAUUGCUUGAAACACAAAAGUUACUCAGGUAAGCAAUAUCUAAUGUGUUCCCUCUUUUUCUAAAUUACAAGAUGAAGAAAAUGCAAUAGUCUACACAUGCACAGGGAGAUGAUGUACAGAGUUUGUAAUAACGUGCAUCUGCAAUAUGUUAUGUAUUUGAGAUAAAUUAAUCUCAUAUUUGGUAAGGUUUUUACUUUAAUAUGUUAACUUCGACAGCACCUGAUCCAUUUUAACAUGUCUUUUUUACUGUCAAAGUAGCCUUAUACGAUGCAUAUUCAAAACAAGCUAUUUGCAUCGUUUAGUAACUGUGUUUGUUAUCAGUUGUUUCAAUUUGGAUACAAUACAUUAGAUUUACAUAAUUUCCCCCUGGGAUUAAUAAAGUGUUUUGAUUGAUAUUCUGAGCUGUUUUCUCUCCAACAACUACUGAAAGUAGA